CAGAUGGAGAAAGGCGUUUAAUAGCAUAUGUUCGCCUUUGUAGGCAGGGAGUCAAGUUGGCAAGUCAACAUUGAUAUGACAUUGGUGUUUCUGCCUGGAUAAAGCGUUUUUCGAUCAUUGUGUAGGAAAGGCUCCGCGCAGCAUGACAAAGGAAAUGGAUUUCUUUUUUGGAGUUGGUUGGACUUUAUGUUUUCUGCUUGACAGAUUAGGUAGCAAAUGACACAACUGAGUUUGGCCUGAUAUCUGGUCUAGUUUGCUGCUGUGUGUUUCUGGUGAUACUCUCCCCGUAGCAAUAUGCUCAACGCAGGGAGGCCCGCCAUUUCUCAUUGGUUUGUUCAUUGUGGGUGCCGCUUUACCGCCCAGCCUGUCGUUCUCGAGGUGAUCAAUAUAAAUCCGGCUGACAGCUUACUUACUUCUCCGAGAGCCACCCGGCAACCAACGCACCGCAUCCUCUCUCCUCCUCCAGCUGCAACAACAAAUUCACAUUGCCUUCGGCGAAGAUCUAAAAGUACCAUGAAGUUCGAUACCAUCCUCUGCGCAGCCGCGAUCAUCGCAGGCCAUGUCCGCGCGGUCGACACCGGCGCCCUCCUGAAGUCCGCGCGCAACGCCGCCGCCGCCGGCUUCCAGAUUACCAAGACCGCCGCCGAACAGGCCGAGCUGCCCGAGCACCUCGCGCAGGCCGGACGAGCCACCGCGGAACACGCGGGCCAGGCUGCUAGGUGGGCGGCUCGCAACCCCGGCGCCGCCGCUGCGUACGGGCUGGCCGGCGUCGGGGUCGUCGCUGUCGUCGCCCCGGCCAUCAUUGCGACGCCGGCGCUGGGCGCUGCUGGGUUCGGGGCGCAGGGCGUCGCUGCUGGCUCCCUCGCGGCCGGUGUACAGGGCGGCAUCGGAAACGUCAUCGCAGGCAGCGCCUUCGCCACGCUGCAGAGUGCCGGGGCGGCGGGUGCGGGUGCUGCCAUGGUCAACGGGGUGGUGCAGGCCGGAGGUGCUGGCGUUGCGUUGGGGUCGGGAGGGCUGGCCUGGCUCAAGUCGAAGGCGAAGUUGUGAGGAGGAAAGCCUCCCGCGUUUUGCCUCUGCCUUGCAUCGGUAACAUGAUUUUUCGAUUCGGGCUUGUGGACAAAUGUUCCUUGUCCUUGAACGAAACCGUGUCGGUGCAGAGUCGUGGAUGGCAGGGUAGUCAUGGGAGGACGUUGCAGCGGCUAGGAUUAACCAGGUGCAUGGAUGGAAUAUGGCUGAUCGGUCCCCUACGUGUCUGUGCAUUUUUGAUGUUUGCAGUUAUUGCUCGAUCGAUAUAUUGGU